CGGCGGCACCACCGCCCGGGGUGGGUGCUCGCAGCAGCGCCGGGCAGCGCGCGGAACCGAGCCGAGCCGGGCCGGGCUCCACCUCCCGCGCCGGGGGCGGGUGCUGCGCGCCGUGACUGGCAGCCGGGCACUGCAGGGCGAUGCUGCUGCUACUGGUGCUGCUGGGGCUGGGCAGCCUGCGGGGCUGGGGCGCGGCCGGGCCGGGGCCGGGGGCAUCGCCCGUGCCCUGCCAGGCGCCGCUGCAGUGGGAAGGGCGCACCGUGGCCUACGACCACACCACGGGCCGCAACACCCGCGCCGCCGUCUCCUACGAUGGCCCCGGCCAGCGCGUCCGCCUGCUGCAGGAGAGGAAGGGGCUCAUCCCCUGCAAGAAAUUCUUUGAAUACAUAUUCCUCUAUAAAGACGCAGUGCUGUUUCAGAUUGAACAAGUUACAAAGCUGUGCUCAAAAAUUGCUCUGACUGAGCCAUGGGAUCCUUAUGAUAUUCCUGCCAAUUCAACUUAUGAAGAUCAGUACUACAUUGGAGGACCAGGAGAUGAAAUUAUGGUACAGGAAUGGUCUGAUAGAAAGCCAGCCAGGAAACUUGAAUCCUGGGUUGGAGUUUACACAAUUAAGGACUGUUACCCAGUACAGGAAACCUAUACCAGGAACUACAGCGUGACAACUUCCACCCGUUUUUUUGAUCUACAGCUGGGUAUUAGUGACCCCUCUGUGUUUACCCCACCCAGCACCUGCCAAGAAGCACUGCCAAGACGGAUGAAAGAUGAGUGCUGAUUAUGGAUGUUGGCUGCCACAGCGAACAAAUAAUAAUGAAGGGGAUGACAAUUAAUAAUCAACUGUUGACAUCCAACCUGAUUUUCAAGCUCAUUGUUGCUCUUUUGGGAAUCGUAACAUUUUUGUUUGCAUGGGAACAUACCAUUUAAUUAAGUAAUAUGUAUAACAAAAAAGAUCUCUUUUUCAGUUGUUCCCUAUGUUAGACUCUGUUCAGUGAUGCACUUGCUGUUGUAGAGUUUCCACUAAAGUUAUGUUUAUAGAUCCUGUUUAUUUUAAUUGUGACUAAUUUUUUAAAGAUUUUAUUAUUUAAUUUUCCAGGAUGACAACACAAAAGUAUGUUGUGCUCUUAACAUGAAAAAGGAAAGGCAGAACAUUUUUGUUACUUAUGAAGAGACUGGUAUGCAGUGAGGUUAGCAAAAAGUACUGUGCGCUGAACUGUAAACACAAGAUGGCAUUUAAGCAGAAUGUGUCAGAGAGAUUAAAUAUGAACUCUUGGCUUCCGGGUUUCAUUUUGGGGGGGGGGGGGUUCUUCAUUUUUAUUGUUCAGAAAGGUAAUAGUCAAGUCUUUGGUUUGUUUAAUGUUUUCCUAAGAAACCAGAGUAACUGUUCAUAUAGCACUAAUAUAACAUUUGUAGAGAGUAAAAUAUAAAAUUAAACCAAAGUUUUCUUGUA